AUGGGAGCCAAGCAUUCGAAGGCCCUCGCCACAGAGGAGCUGAAGAAGCGAGUCAAAAACAACGGUGACCAGGAGGAGAGCCUGUCAUCGGCGGAGAGGAUCCGCAAGCAGACCACCACCCGCUUUGGGUACAGCGUCCUGAGCUUGGCCAUGCGAGGACUGGCCGAGGCCCCGCAGGAACUGUGGGAGCUGACAGAGCUGCAGAAGCUCAACCUCUCUCUCAACUGCCUGCGGACCCUCCCCCCCACCGCGGGCGCCCUUCAGAACUUGGUGGUCCUGAACCUGUGGGGGAACCAGCUGGAGAGCCUGCCGCCCGAGAUCGGGCAGCUGCGGAAUCUCCGGGUCCUUUUUGCCUACCGCAACCGGCUGAGCGAGGUGCCGGAGGAGCUGAGCUCCUGCACCAAGUUGGAGGUCCUCAGUCUUGCCAACAACCAGAUCACAGGCCUCCCCAGCAGCCUGGCAAACUUGGGCAGUCUGCGGAAGCUCAACCUCAGCCACAACCUCCUCUCCCACAUCCCCACCUCCGUCUACGGCAUGAAGAGCCUGGUCUUCCUGCACCUCGCCUGCAAUCAGCUCGAGAACAUUGCAGACCAGAUCCAGGCCCUGGUCAACCUGAAGAUCCUCAUUGUGGAGGGUAACUGCAUCCACUCCUUACCCAGGACCCUCUGCUUCCUCAGCUCUCUGGAGCUGCUCAACGUGGAUUUUAAUGACAUCCAAAACGUUCCCAUGGAGAUGUACCUGCUAAAAAAGUUGGAGAAGCUGGCUUGUCACCCAUUGGACAAGGGCCUGCACAUCAUGCACAACCCGCUGCUGAAGCCCAUCAAAGAGGUGCUGGAGGGAGGACUGAGUGCCCUCUACAACUAUCUCAAGUCAGUGUGA